CGCAGCCGAAAAGACCCGAAAACAGCAUUCUAUUUCUGAUACCCGAGUCGGACUCAACCUGCAUCAUCGUCUCGCGGCACUUGAAAAAAACACAGAAAAGAAGAAUUCAUCUUCAAGAAUCUCUCGCCUUCCCUCUCAGCUCUCUCUGUUUUCUUUCCGGGGAAUCGCCAAUUUCAGCUCAAGGAAGUGAUCGGAAGAUGUGAUUUUUUUUUUUUUGCUGUGGCCAGAGUGUUAGAGGGCAAAAGCUCCAAAGUCAACAAGUAAAAGCAUUGAGAAAGGGCAUUGCACGACGAAUUCUCUCUCUUGGAAGAUCCGACAGUUUCUUGAGAUUGCCUGAGAAGUUAGAGACUGAAUGCAAUCAUUGAGUAGAGUAUGGUAGACUUGAAUGUGUGAAGAGGCAUUUAAGCGUUAGGGAUGUGGCGAUGGAAUCUGAUAAGGUCACAGCCAAUACAAUUGCAGAACCUCGUUAUGACAUGGAAUUUGAGUCACAUGAAGAUGCAUAUGCUUUCUAUAAAGAGUAUGCACGAGCUGCAGGUUUUGGUACUGCCAAAUUGAGUAGUCGCCGAUCUAGAGCAUCAAAAGAAUUUAUUGAUGCCAAGUUUUCGUGCAUACGAUAUGGGAAUAAACAGCAGUCAGAUGAUGCCAUUAACCCAAGACCUUCUCCUAAAAUAGGUUGUAAGGCAAGCAUGCAUGUGAAGAGGAGGCAGAAUGGCAAAUGGUUUGUUUAUAGUUUUGUGAAGGAGCAUAAUCAUGAUCUUUUACCUGCCCAAGUGCAUUUUUUCCGGAGCCACAGAGAUGCUGAUCUAGCGAACAAUGAUGUCCGCAUGCGAAAACGGAAAAAUCUAUCUUCAAUGUCCAAAAUGUUCAGUUCAUACCAAAAUUUUGAUAACUUAGAUAACUACUUGAGAAACCCACACGAUAGAGGGAGGAGCUUGGUUUUGGAGGAUGGUGAUGCUCAACUGCUGCUUGAAUUUUUUAUGCACAUGCAGGAACAGAACCCAAAAUUUUUCUAUGCAAUUGAUCUGAACGAAGAGCAUAGACUGAGAAAUGUUUUUUGGGUUGAUGCCAAAGGCAUAGAAGAUUAUUCCAAGUUUGGGGAUGUGGUUUCUUUUGAUACUACCUAUUUUGCGAAUAAGUAUAAAAUGCCCCUGGUACUUUUUAUUGGAGUGAACCAUCACGGUCAACCCACGUUGUUUGGUUCUGCAUUGAUUGCGGAUGACACUGUUUAUACAUUUGCUUGGUUGAUGCAAACAUGGUUAGUGGCCAUGGGAGAACAUGCACCGCAGGUGAUACUCACUGAUCAAAACAAUGCCAUAAAAUCAGCUACUGCAGUUGUCUUUCCACAUACCCGUCACUGUUUUUGUUUGUGGCAUAUAUUAGACAAAAUUCCUAGAGAGCUUGAGUACUUAGGCGUUUGGCAAGACUCGUUUGUGGCAAAAUUUACCAAAUGUAUUUUUGGAUCAUGGAGUGAAGCAGAAUUUGAGAAGAGAUGGUGGAAAUUACUUGACAAAUUGAACCUUAGAGAGGCUGAAUGGGUCCAACUGUUGUACGAGGACCGCAUUCAGUGGGCACCUACUUUCAUGAGAGAUAUAUCUUUUGCUGGGUUGUCUGCUUUUUCGCGUGCUGAAAGUCUGAACUCCUUGUUUGACAAAUAUGUGAAUGGGGAAACUUCAUUACGAGAAUUCAUUGAAAAAUACAAGGUUAUUCUUGAAGAUAGGUAUGAAGAGGAAGCAAAAGCAGAUUUUGACGCAUGGCAUGAGGCACCUGAGUUGAAGUCUCCUUCACCUUUUGAGAAGCAAAUGUCAUUAGUUUAUACUCACGAAAUCUUUAGAAAAUUUCAGAUUGAGGUCUUGGGAGCAGCUGCUUGUCAUCUGAAGAAAGAAAGUGAGGAUGAGAGAGCGACAAUAUAUACUGUUAAAGAAUUUGAAGAUGAUCAGAAUUACGUUGUGGAAUGGAGCGAGUCGAAGUCCAGUAUAUAUUGUUCGUGCCAUUCAUUUGAAUACAAAGGGUACCUCUGCAGGCAUGCUAUGAUUGUUCUCCAAAUGUCUGGUGUCUUUAGCAUUCCGUCGAGAUAUAUUCUGCAGCGCUGGACUAAUGCUGCUGUAAGCAGGCAUCCCAUCGGUGAAAAAUUGGAGGAUAUGCAGUCCAAAGUGCGUCGUUACAACGAUUUGUGUCGACGAGCUAUAAUAUUGGGUGAAGAAGGGUCUCUUUCUCAAGAGAGUUACAAUAUUGCAUUAUGUGCCAUUGUGGCAGCUCUUAAGCAAUGCGCAAGUGUAAAUGCUCCGGCUGAGAAUGAAGCACAUCCUAAUAACUCAACAACCCAUGCAAUCUGCAAUGCUGAAGAAGAGAACCCAUGCAGUACAUCCAAAGAGCAGGUACCUCAUCCAAAAGCCAGCAACAUAAGUAAGAGUACAAGCAGAAAAGGAAAGAUAACGGAGCCUGAUCUUCUUGGAGCCAUGGCGCAAGAUGGUCUUCAUCAAAUGGAAGGUCUCCAGGUGAGAACAGCACACCUACAUGGCAUGGUGCCAAUGCAAUUGCAUAAUUUGGUGCCGACAAUGUUUCAUAAUGUUCCAUCUACGCAGUUCCAAAACGUAGCUUCGAUGCAGUUGCACGACAAUCGUUUGCCUUGACAGCUGAAUGUUUUGCUGUGUUCUGUAAAUUUUUGGAAAUGUAGGAAAGGGCCCUCUUUCUUUGUUCCUUUUGCCUCCUUUUAAUCUGUUCAGCCAAGUUAAAUAAUUCAUUCUUUGUUGCCUUCA